AUGGGCAGCGGACCUUCUGAGCCGCUUGGCGCAUCGAGCGCCGAUAUGAAGCUCGACGUAAAGCUUGAUCCAGAUGGUGCAUUACCCGCACCUGUGGGUGAGCCCGCGAGGCGUACCCGAAGACUACCAGUGCUUUGGCGCAUUCUCCUACUGCUCUGCGCGACACUGGCUGGAUUGGGCAUUCUACAGUAUGGUUGGAGGACGCCACACAGUCCUGAAGUCCCGGAGAGCGACGCGCAGGCUUUGAAACCCAACUCGACCGGGCGUACGGAUGCAGUACAGUGGGAUGGAUACAGCCUCAUACUACGGGGUCAACGCGUCUUCAUCCACUCGGGAGAGUUCCACCAAUGGCGUCUUCCUGUCCCUGCCCUGUGGCGCGACGUUCUCCAGAAGUUUCGCGCUGCAGGCCUCAAUGCCGUCUCCAUAUACACGCACUGGGGGCUCAUCGAGCCCUCUCGCGGUCAGGUCUCUUUCUCCGGCAUCAACGCGCUCAAGCCCUUCUUCGAGCUUUGUCAAGAGUUAGGCUUGUGGGUCGUUGUACGACCGGGCCCAUAUAUCAACGCUGAGACGACCGCGGGUGGAAUUGCACAUUGGGUCACGAGUGAGGUGCCGGGAAAGCUGAGGACGAAUGAGAGUGAGUGGUGGGAGAGCUGGCAGGGAUAUGUGAAGGGUGUGAUCGAGGAGACCGCGCCGUACCAGAUCUCAGAGGGUGGACCUGUUAUUGCGAUACAGAUGGAUAACGAGUACGCGCAGACGCCGGAGGGCGCUGCGUACUUCCAGGCGCUUGUCGACGCAUUCAAGGAUUCACCUAUCGUUGUGCCGUUGACAUAUAACGACCCCCAUGCCGGAGAGAACUUCAUCAACGGAACGGGAUCGGUGGACAUCUACGGACUGGACGCGUAUCCGCAACGCUUCGACUGCUCGAACCCAGACAAGUGGAACCCCGUCGACGACACUUACCAUGACUACCACAUGCGCGUAAACCCAAGCCAGCCAUGGUACAUGCCCGAGUUCCAGGCUGGUGCCUUCGACCCGUAUGGCCCUAGUGCACCGGGAUACGAUAAGUGCCGCGAACUCACGAACGCAGGAUUCGAAAGCGUCUUCUACAAGUCGGCUUGGGGUGCGAACGCGAAGAUGAUGAGCUACUACAUGGUAUAUGGAGGAACGUCUUGGGGCGGUCUACCUUUCCCGGAGGUGUACACUUCAUACGACUACGGUGCUGCGAUCAGCGAGCCUCGCACCCUCACAUCCAAGUACGACGAGCUGAAGGCGCAAGGCCUAUUCUUGCGCUCUUCGACCAACUUCACCAAGACCGAUUGGGUUGGAAACAACACGAAUGGUGUCGUGGAUGUCACAAACCCCGACGUGCUCGUUGUCGAGCUGCGUAACCCGGAUACGGGUUCGGGUUUCUACAUUGCUCGCCAGUUGAACUCGUCCAGCACGGACACCGUCAAAUUCAACAUGACUAUCAACACAAUUGAAGGUCCUCUGGAUAUCCCGCAGAUCUCGGACGGCAUUGUCCUGGAAGGACGCGAGGCGAAGAUGAUCGUGACGGACUACUUCUACGGCUCCCUGGGCUACCUCUACUACUCUACGGCAGAGAUAUUCUUCGCGGGCACUGUCGGCGAACGGGAUGUCCUUCUCGCGUACGGGCGUUCCGAUCAGGAUCAUGAGAUCGGCGUCUUCGGCGGGCACCUCCUCACAGUGCCCUCUGUGACGACUACAUCCAGCGGGCUGGAUGGCCUUCGCGCCAUAUUUGACGUCCCAGGGAUGCUCGUCCUCUUCGCAGACGUACCUACGGCGCACACGUUCUUUGCUCCUCCCUUGAGUGGACCAUCUGAAGACCCGUUCGCGAACUUCUGGGGUUUCGGUACUAACUCCAGUGUGCUCGUAGGUGGACCGUAUCUCGUGCGCGAUGCUCAGGUUGGCGCGGACAAGGUCGUCGCGCUCACGGGCGACAUCGACCAAGACACGAUCAUCACCGUCAUCGGGCCGGAGGACAUGACCGGCGUCACCUGGAACGGCGAACCCGUCGGAUGCGAUCCGGACGCAAGUGAGCGCAUCUCGAAGACUGGAGUCUGCGUCGGCGGAGUUCGUCUUUCUCCCAUCGCUGGCAAGAUCAAUGUGCCGAAGCUCGAAGGGUGGCGGUUUGCGGACAGCCUGCCGGAACGCGCGAGAGAGUUCGAUGAUACGGAGUGGAUCGUGGCGGACAAGACGUCCACGAAUACAUGGGAGCCACCUGUAUAUGGAGACGGGCGCGUGCUAUACGGAUGCGACUAUGGAUUCUGCGAGAAUGUGGUACUCUGGCGCGGUCAUUUCGAGGCUAGUGGCGAAGAGACGUCCGUCAACCUCUUGAUCAAUGGAGGCGAUGCUUUUGCUGCUUCUGUCUUCCUUAACGGCGUCUUCAUUGGGACUGCAUACGGAAACUCGACGAACAAUAUGAACAUCAUCGCAGAAGUCGACGCAGAAUACAAGUUUCCUACUGGCGCAUUGCUUCCAGGGCAGGACAACGUCAUCACCAUCGUUCAGGACAACAUGGGUCUGGACGAGUCGGGGGACGAAUGGGAGGUCGACAUCCUACGUUCGCCGCGCGGUGUGCGGGGCUUCCAGCUCAACCCCAGUGGUAACUUCUCGGAAUGGAAAGUCCAGGGCAAGUUGGGAGGCUACACGGCGUUCCCCGACACAUUACGCACUAUCACGAACGAGGGCGGGCUCUUUGGCGAGCGCGAAGGCUGGCAUCUACCCGGAUACGACACCUCUUCUUGGGUAGAGCGCGCGCUGGACGAAGGUCUUCCCGAUGCACACGCUGGAGUCGGGUUCUUCGCCACGACCUUAGAGCUCGAUAUUCCCGAAGGCUUGGACGUGAUGCUCAGCUUCGUCUUCGACGAGGGUGUGGGCGAAACGGGCUCUCCGUAUCGUGCACUGUUGUUCGUGAAUGGCUGGAUGAUGGGCAAGCGUGUCGCGAAUCUCGGUCCGCAGGCUAAGUUCCCCGUGCACGAGGGUAUUCUCGAUUAUAGCGGUACCAAUACCAUCGUCGUCGCACUGUGGGCCCUGGACGACCAAUCAAUAUCGCCGUCCUUGAAGUUGGCGGUGGACAGAGUUAUACAGGGCGGUAUAGGGCGGAUCGUAACAAAUAACCCGACAUACUCUGACCUUCGAGUGAUGAGUGUAGUAGCUCCAAUAGGCGACUGA